AUGAUUGUUCGGCAACUAUGUGUGCGGCAAAGCCGCCAGCUUCGGGCUCUUCCCCGUCAGUCGCGCAGUUUGGCCCGAUUCUCUUCGACCGAAACCACCUUCCAGACCCCCGUGCAGACUCCCCUCGCGGAGCCAGCAUCUCGACUAGAGACGCCUUCACCAAUUGUCGCGGUGUCUGAACCGGGCAGUUCAGGUCCACGAGAGGAUUUGGACAAGGACCAGAUCCGAAAGAUCAAAUUCCACAGUCUCGGUAGUACUGUCACCGGUGCCUAUCGGCCAGAGGCCCUCCUCAGAAACCCUCCGAAAGCCACCGAUGUCACCCUUGAAAUGCUCCUCGCGUCCCAGACACAUCUCGGUCACUCGACUUCCCGCUGGAACCCCCAGAACUCGCGCUACAUCUUCGGUAUCAGGGAGGGAGUGCACAUCAUCUCCCUCGAUCAGACGGCGGCCUACCUACGACGUGCGGCCAAGGUCGUGGAGGAGGUCGCGGCCAAGGGCGGAUUGAUUCUGUUCGCGGGUACAAGAAAGGGACAGAAACGUGCUGUGGUCAGGGCUGCAGAACUGGCUCAGGGAUAUCAUAUCUUUGAGCGCUGGAUCCCUGGUUGUUUGACUAAUGGCCAGCAGAUCUUGGGCCACUGCGAGAAGAAGAUUGUGAACGGCUUGGAUGGGGAGGUGAAGAUCUGGCAGGAGGAACUGGAAAACUACCGUGCCCUCAAGCCCGACCUUGUCGUUUGUCUCAAUCCCGUCGAGAACGUUGUCUUGUUGCAUGAAUGUGGUCUCAACAAUGUUCCAACCAUCGGUAUCAUCGAUACGGACGCCGACCCUACUCGGGUCACAUAUCCCAUCCCUGCCAAUGAUGACAGUUUGCGGGCCGUGACAUUGAUUGCCGGUGUGCUCGGAAGGGCGGGACAAGCGGGCCAGGAGAGAAGAUUAAAGCAAGCCCAGAGGGGUCGAUUGACAUACCGGCCUAUGAAACCACUCCGCAUGAAUGCAGCAGAGGAUGUAGACGCGGCCUCGACAAGGAAUCCUGAGAAGCCCUCUAUUGAGGAGUCUACUUCGAAGCCUAAGGAGGAGACUGAAGAUGAUGACUAGAGCUGGAGUCUUGACAAUUGUUCUUAUUUGAUAUCGGUCUGCCUACAUGUGAACUUUCGACUGGGAUUGUAUUGUAUAGGACACUGUAAAUUUUCAUUUCUUUUCCCCUGGUGUUAUAUCAUGUAUCAACAAAUGCUACUGAAUUGAUCUUUUGAUCUUAGCUGCUGUCGAAAUUAGUGACAGUGUGUCCGCUUGCUUUAUUUCUCGGUUGCCCUAUCCUCUGACGCCCAUGGUCUGCAUCUAUCUUGAG